AUGGAGAUGUUGCCCUCAAGUGUGCGCAGCUGUGCUACGAUGCUGGGGUCCGGCUGGUCUGCUCCCUUCGGCUCUCCUUCCCUGGCCUGGUGGAAGCCUUCCUCCGCUGCCAUACGGGAUUAUUUGGAUGCUUCGCUUUUCCUUUUGCUACGGUGGUUGCCCUCCGCCGGGAGCUGGACGUCUGGCAAGUCUACAACCCUGCCGGCGCUGUCGUCUGCGGCUCGGCUCAACCUUCUUCAUCUGUGA